AACAACCGAUAUAAAAUAAUAAUAAUAAUAAUAAUAAUAAUAAUAGUAAUAAACGGCAUCAUUGAGGCGGAGGGGCCAAUCGAAACGAAGAAAAACCACAUAAGCGAUACGACACUAGCAAAAGUAGAGAGAAAACAGAAGCCAAAGUCUUCGUUUCCCUCGCAGGUGCAAAAGAGCGAUGGCGGAAGAUCUGGUGCUCGACACGGCGAUCAGGGAUUGGGUGCUGAUACCUCUAUCAGUGGUGAUGGUCCUCAUCGGCAUCCUCCGCUACUUUGUCUCCAAGCUUAUGCGCUCCUCUCAAGUUCCCGAUCUUAAGAUCGUCAAGGAAGGGCAAGUAAUUGUUAGGGCUCGGAAUUUGCGAGCUGGUGCUAAUUUUAUCCCUCCCAAGUCGUUUCGCUCUCGUAGGGUUUAUUUCAACAAUGAGGAAAAUGGAUUACUGUUUGUCCCCAAGGGCCAGGCUCAAAAUGCGCAAGCACAAAUGUUCUCUGACCCUAACAUGGCUAUGGACAUGAUGAAGAAAAACCUCUCUAUGAUUAUACCUCAGACUCUCACUUUCGCAUGGGUCAACUUUUUCUUCUCUGGAUUUGUUGCAGCCAAAAUACCCUUCCCAUUGACUCAAAGGUUCAGAUCAAUGUUGCAGAAUGGAAUUGACCUUAGCACAGUUGAUGUGAGCUAUGUUAGUAGCCGCUCAUGGUAUUUCCUCAAUUUGUUUGGUUUGAGGGGUUUAUUUAGUUUGAUUCUAGGAGAGGAAAAUGCAAUGGAUGAUACACAGCGUAUGAUGCAGAUGAGUGGAUUUGGCUUUGAUCCAACAAAGAGCCUGAGUGCUGAGAAAGACGGUCUUGACAUUGUCCAGCAUGAAUGGGCACUCCCUAAAUUUGAGCAUCGGGCUGAAGUAGUGUUGAAAAAACUCAUUAGGUGAACAUCAGGAGCAUAUAAACAGCUGUCACAAAGGUAUGGUUCAAUUGAAGUUUUCAUCUGACAAGCUUACUGAACUCUAAAAGAUGAAAUACCUGUAGAAACCAUGUGUAGGCUUUAGUUUAUAUUCCAGUUCAACGAGAAGCAAGAAGAAAAUUCACACCGUCCUAUUUGUAUGGCUUAUUAAUUUAUGUCGAAUCUUUGUUUGCCAAACCUACUGUCGAGGAAGACUUUUGCACUUUUUUUUUUUUUUUGUUCUGUGGGAUAAAAAAGGAGAUAUAGAGAAUGCUCGUAAAGCAAAGAGGACCAUUGAUUGGAUCAUUUAUUUCCUACUGUUUAGUUCUUAUUAUGUUUUUUCGCCUUUGUGAAUUUUAAGGAAAUUUAUAACUAACUAGUAAGCAUCGUCAUAUUGUCUGAAUU